AUGCUUCAAUGUAACGAAUAUGGUUUCAUCCCCAGGAAUGACACCAAGGAAGUUGUAUUUGCACACCAGACUGCCAUAAAGAAGACUCCCAGGAAGUCCCUUGGCAGUGGAGGAGGUGGACAGACUGCGGAGUCAGAUGUUGAAGGAGAGGAGGGGGUGGACGCAGCAAAUGUCAGAGGCAGAUGCGCCGCCGCAGUGCAGAAUUACCGGGACAGUGAGCGUGGGGAAAGAACCCGGGACCGGAGCGUGCUCGCGAAGGCCAGACCCUCACGGCGCCGGCCCCACCGCAGGCGACGCUUCCCCCCUGAAUACGUGCGGAGACCGCGUGGAUGCGGACCACAGCCUUCUAAUCCUGUGCGGGGAGAAGUGAUGGAAGGUACCAGGGCGCGGCAGGGCGCGGCAGAGCAAGGUAGACCGGUGACGCCCAAUGGCCUGGGUGGUGGACCACCGCCCCGCACGGGGCCUCCUCGCCAAAGGUGGUUUAGGGAGGACGGCGGCGAAGACGACAAGGAAGAUGGACGAGAUGAGACCCCAGGUCAGCCCCCACCCCCACGUCCCUCCCGCCGCAACCUCGGUUACCCAUGCAGACGCCCAGAAAACCCCAAACCGCGAGACAGCAAAGAGGCCAAGGCAGCCGAUCCACCGGCCGAGAGUCCGUCCACUCCCGAUGUCGAGCAGGGCGACGCGAGCUCCAUGAACCUCAAGUGGUCAGUGCCGUGUUCCCCUCUACUUCACCCUGUCGGUGAGGACGGGAGUCCUGCUCUGGGGCCACCAGGAUGGUCUAGCACGACAGACACUUUACAGCAAGGAGGUCUCCGUAGCCGUGCUGACUUUGGGGGUGCCUCUUCCGUUACUGAAGGCAUAGUGUGCAGCCGGGUACAUAACGUCGUAAACUCUGAGUCUGUGAGGGCAUCUAAUUCCGGGACAGCACGCUACGUGGCCACCAUUGCCAUUCCAAUUGCGAAUGGUGUAGAACUGGGAGGGACAGUCUAUUGUAUCAGAAGCCCGUGGCCAACGAGUGGCUAUGAUAGGUGGUUCAGAGAUUCCGGGGGGCAUAAGAGGAGGCUGGUACAGCCCCUACGGUGA